UGGAGCCGCAGCUCCUCCCUCUUGCAGAGCGAAGCAGGACCUCCAUUCAAACCUCCAAACUCAGGGGGAUGCAAGUGUAACUCCGCCGCCCUGCUAGAGCCGCACAGAGACUGCAGAGAGCGUGGAGAACCGGCUUUGUGUCGCAGCGCUGCAGCUACGCGAGAAAGUGGAGGGGGAGGAUAACUAGUGAUUGUGGCCGCGAUACUCACAAGUGGUUGCUACCAGCGAGCUGCUCCAACUGACUGACUGCAAAUAUGGCGAGCGCCUCAUACCACAUCUCUAAUCUCCUGGAAAAAAUGACUUCCAGCGAUAAGGAUUUCAGGUUCAUGGCCACAAAUGACUUGAUGUCAGAACUGCAGAAAGAUUCCAUCAAGCUGGAUGACGACAGUGAGCGGAAAGUGGUCAAGAUGAUCCUCAAACUUCUGGAAGACAAAAAUGGCGAAGUUCAGAACCUGGCUGUUAAAUGUUUGGGACCACUUGUUAGCAAAGUCAAGGAGUAUCAAGUUGAAACAAUUGUCGACACGCUGUGCACGAACAUGCUGUCAGAUAAAGAGCAGCUUCGAGAUAUUUCUAGCAUCGGUCUGAAGACAGUGAUCGGGGAGCUCCCACCAGCAUCCAGCGGCUCUGCCCUUGCUGCCAGCGUGUGCAAAAAGAUCACAGGCCGCCUCACGAGUGCUAUUGCCAAGCAGGAGGACGUAUCCGUGCAGCUCGAAGCCCUGGACAUCAUGGCUGACAUGCUCUGCAGACAGGGGGGCCUGUUGGUGAACUUCCACCCCUCCAUCCUGAACUGCCUGCUCCCCCAGCUGACCAGCCCUCGACUGGCUGUGAGGAAGAGGACCAUCAUCGCUCUAGGUCACCUCGUCAUGAGCUGUGGAAAUCUCGUCUUCGUGGAUCUCAUCGAGCACUUACUGUCUGAGCUCUCUCGCAACGACUCCAUGUCCACCACUCGCACUUACAUCCAGUGCAUCGCCGCCAUCAGCCGACAGGCCGGCCACAGAAUCGGCGAGUAUUUGGAGAAGAUCAUUCCACUGGUGGUGAAAUUCUGCAACAUUGAUGACGACGAACUGAGAGAGUACUGCAUACAAGCCUUCGAGUCCUUUGUUAGGAGAUGUCCAAAAGAAGUGUACCCUCAUGUCCCCACAAUAAUCAACAUCUGCCUGAAGUACUUGACUUAUGACCCCAACUACAACUAUGAUGAUGAGGAUGAAGAUGAGAAUGCUAUGGAUGCAGAUGGGGUGGAUGAGGACUAUCAAGGAAGCGAUGACGAAUACAGUGAUGACGAUGACAUGAGCUGGAAGGUGCGGCGGGCAGCAGCCAAGUGCCUGGACGCUGUGGUGAGCACCCGGCACGAGAUGCUACCCGAAUUCUACCGCACGGUUUCCCCAGCGCUUAUAGCGCGCUUUAAAGAACGAGAGGAGAAUGUGAAGGCUGACGUCUUCCACGCCUACCUGUCCCUGCUCAAGCAGACAAGGCCAGCCCAGAGCUGGCUCUGUGACCCUGAUGCUAUGGAGCAGGGAGAAACACCGCUCACAAUGCUUCAGAGCCAGGUGCCCAUGAUAGUGAAAGCUCUGCAUAAACAGAUGAAGGAGAAGAGUGUGAAGACAAGACAGUGCUGCUUCAACAUGCUGACAGAGCUGGUGAACGUGCUGCCUGGGGCUCUGACUCAGCACAUCCCCGUGCUCGUCCCAGGAAUUAUAUUCUCUCUAAAUGAUAAAUCAAGCUCCUCCAAUUUGAAGAUCGAUGCCCUGUCCUGUUUAUACGUGAUUCUCUGCAAUCAUCAGCCUCAAGUCUUCCAUCCCCAUGUCCAGGCCUUGGUGCCCCCUGUAGUGGCCUGUGUGGGAGAUCCUUUCUACAAGAUCACCUCUGAAGCACUUCUAGUCACUCAACAGUUAGUGAAGGUGAUCCGUCCUUUGGAUCAGACUGACGCCUUUGACGCGUCGCCCUACAUCACUGACCUGUUCGCCUGCACCAUCAAGCGUCUGAAGGCGGCCGACAUCGACCAGGAGGUGAAAGAGCGUGCCAUCUCCUGCAUGGGUCAGAUCAUCUGCAACCUGGGAGACAGUCUUGGCACUGACUUGCCAGGGACGCUGCACAUCUUUCUUGAGCGACUGAAGAAUGAGAUCACUCGGCUGACCACAGUGAAGGCACUGACUCUGAUCGCUGGCUCCCCACUGAAGAUUGAUCUGCGACCCAUCCUCGGCGAGGCUGUGCCCAUCCUGGCCUCCUUCCUCCGCAAGAACCAGCGAGCGCUGAAGCUCAGCACUUUGGCAGCACUGGACAUCCUUGUGAAGAACUACAGUGACAGUGUGACGCCAGCCAUGAUCGACGCUGUACUGGCAGAGCUGCCGCCACUGAUCAGCGAGAGCGACAUGCACGUCUCGCAGAUGGCCAUCAGCUUCCUGACCACACUGGCCCGUGUGCACCCUGACUCACUUUCCAAGAUCAGUGGCUCUAUCUUGGCAGAGCUGAUAGCACUGGUGCGCUCGCCGCUGCUACAGGGCGGUGCUCUCAGUGCCAUGCUGGAGUUUUUCCAGGCGCUGGUGGCCACCGGCACGGCCAGCCUGGGAUAUAUGGACCUAUUGCGGAUGCUGACCGGCCCUGUAUAUGCACAGAGUGCUGCCCUCACCCACAAGCAGUCCUACUACUCUAUCGCCAAGUGCGUCGCAGCGCUCACCCGGGCGUGCCCUAAAGAGGGCCCUGCCGUGGUGGGCCAGUUCAUCCAAGAUGUGAAGAACUCUCGUUCCACUGACUCCAUCCGCCUCCUAGCCCUGCUGUCCCUGGGUGAGGUGGGUCAUCACGUAGAUUUGAGUGGCCAGCCAGAGCUCAAAACGGUCAUCCUCGAUGCCUUCUCCUCAGCCAGUGAGGAGGUGAAAUCAGCUGCCUCGUACGCACUGGGCAGCAUCAGCGUUGGUAACCUGCCUGAGUACCUGCCCUUCGUGCUGCAGGAGAUUUCAGGCCAGCCCAAGCGUCAGUACCUGCUGCUGCACUCGCUUAAAGAAAUCAUCAGCUCUGCGUCUGUGGCCGGUCUCAAGCCGUAUGUGGAGAGUGUGUGGGCUCUGCUGCUUAAACACUGCGAGUGCACGGAGGAAGGCACCCGCAACGUUGUGGCCGAAUGUCUGGGGAAGCUCACCCUUAUAGACCCAGAGACGCUACUGCCCAGACUAAAGGGCUAUUUGUUAUCAGGAUCUUCGUAUGCCAGAAGCUCGGUAGUUACUGCUGUAAAGUUCACAAUUUCAGACCACCCACAGGCAAUUGAUCCCCUCCUGAAAAACUGCAUAGGUGAUUUUUUGAAAACGUUGGAAGACCCAGACCUCAAUGUGCGAAGGGUUGCUCUCGUUACAUUCAACUCUGCUGCCCAUAAUAAGCCCUCACUUAUCCGAGACCUCCUGGACACUGUUCUCCCUCACUUAUAUAAUGAGACUAAAGUGCGCAAAGAGCUGAUUAGAGAGGUUGAAAUGGGUCCGUUUAAACACACAGUAGACGACGGGCUGGACAUCAGGAAGGCUGCGUUUGAGUGUAUGUACACCCUUUUGGACAGCUGCCUCGAUAGACUUGACAUCUUUGAGUUUCUUAACCACGUUGAAGACGGACUUAAAGACCAUUACGACAUCAAGAUGCUGACAUUCCUGAUGCUAGCCAGACUGUCCACUUUGUGCCCUAGUGCUGUGUUGCAGAGGCUUGACAGACUGGUUGAGCCUCUCAGAGCUACAUGCACCACAAAGGUAAAGGCAAACUCUGUAAAGCAGGAGUUUGAGAAGCAGGACGAGCUGAAAAGGUCCGCCAUGCGGGCAGUAGUGGCCCUGCUGACCAUCCCUGAGGCAGAGAAGAGCCCCCUCAUGAGUGAAUUCCAGUCCCAGAUAAGCUCCAACCCCGAGCUGGCUGCCAUCUUCGACAGCAUCCAGAGGGACUCCUCUUCAGCCAACAUGGAGUCUAUGGACACCAGUUAAACUGCGCCACCAUGCCUGACACCUUCACUUACAACAAAAAGCUGCAAGAAAACCAAUUCUGGGGGACCCUUUUAUCGUUCCAUGCAUUGCACUGAAUCAAAUAUUGUAGGAGGAAAAGAAAUAUCAAGAAAAGCUUAAAAAAAAACUGAGAAAAGUAAAAAAAAAAAAAUAAAAAAAAAUCAUGGGAAAAAAUGAAAGGAAGACGUACAUUCUCGUAAGCUUCAGAGCUUAUCAUGUUCGUUUUUUUCAAUAGAGAAGAAAUUGCUUUGAUUGUUCAUCAGUCUUCGUUUUUCUCUCCCCACUCCCAGACCACCUCUUUUGUUUUCUUUUUUUCUUUUUUUUUCCGGGUUUAGUUCCAGUUUGAUGAUUCCAGAGGAUCCACAGGUACCUCCACACACAGACUUUUGAGCAUUGCUGAAUCGAGGCACUUGAACAGAUGGCAUAAAAAAAAAACAGACUGCACGAGCUUCUCCUUUUCUUCUUUUGUUGCGUUACCAGAGGAGAAGAAUUGUUCUCUGCAUUCUGGACUGCUGAGUUCUAUAGGAUUGAUGGCGAUAAAUGCUAACAUUCAGUCAGUUCAGAUGAUUUAAGGACCAUCUUUCUUUUGUUUUCUAUGUUACCAUAUUUCUUACCAGACCAGAUUUAAUGGCUGUUUUUGUACAAUUCGAAUGUCAUCUUGUGUCCCUCUCAUCCCCCGUCUAAAUGGUUGGUCGGACCUUGAAAGUUUCGACUGCGUUAGAAAUAUUCCAUUAAAGAAGCGCGGCCGUGUGUCUUGGACAAAUGAAACCUGGUUUGUUUACCCCCUUCCAUGACCUUAAAUGGCAGUUUAACAUUCCACCCAUUCGCAGAUUUACAUGGUGUAAACAGCAUGUAUUAGACAUUCAGUGACCUAAAAUACACUUGGUGUGCGCGUGUGUGUGUAAGAUUUUCUUUUUUGUUUCUUUUUCUUUUCUUUAUUUUUCACCUGAUGACAGUUCUGUUUGGCUCAACCAUAUAGAAGUGAAACCUGAAUCCAAUGUUAUGAGAAGUUGCUCUGUAUGGACGUGAAUUCCACACGUGAAUAAAAACAAUAAGAGUGGAGAAUAUUCUCUGAUCACA